UUUCCGCUUUUCCCACUUCCCUCGUCGGCUCCCCUGACGCGUCUCCUUGUGUUCCUCCUCCCGUGUAUCGUUCUAGCAGAGAGCCCCCAUGGUCGACUCUAGGGUUUUCGUCGAGCAGCGAGGGAACCCCGCAAGAUCCGAAGCGGGGAUCGUCUCAAGAAUCCUCCUUGAGAAUUUCAUGCGCCGCCGCUGGCUCGAGAGAUCGAAUUCGGGGAUUGGGUCAACUAUAUUGCCUGCCAGAAUGGGAGUGGAAUGGGUGCGACGAUGACACUCCUAUGUAAGCUAGGGCGUUCUCUUUGAAAGAUUCCAUGAAGAUGGGAUGCAGGGUGAAAGGAAAAAAAUCGGUGCACUCAAUUUCCAGGGUAAUUUACCACCGCAGAGCUACUCACGAUCCUCUCAAUAUUUAUUCUCAUGUCAGUUAAAAGGAGUGGGGGGAAGUCCAAAAGGCAGCGGAAAGAGAGCGUGAUUUCAACACAAAUCCAUGCCGUCCGUUCGGCAUAGUCAAUCCAACCUUAGGGUGUUCCGAGAGAGGAAACCAGAUGCUUUGAACGGAAGGUAGGGGAAACGAACAGCAGCACGCGCCCCUUUGGCACAUAGAUAAGAUGGCGAUUCAGAGGGGAAGCACCCUGCUCCCCGCCGCGGCCUCCGCAGUCUCUCGCCGGAACCCUUGAUGUACUAUGCCCACUACCACAACCGCCUGAGGAGCUGGCCUAACACUUGGUUCGCUGCCGCCGCCGUUGACAAACCCCUCAAGCAUGUGGUCUUCAAGAUGCAGCUCAGUGACCAAACCCCUACCAUAGAAGAUCCCGCGCCGCGGCAGCGGCACGGCGGCGACGGCGGCGGCGGCGGCGGCGCCGACCUCACCGCGCUGUUCUCCGACAAGCUCCUCCUCCGCAUCCUCGCUGCCGUACCGGACCCCCUCCGCCUCCCCGCCUCCCUCGUCUGCAAGCGAUGGCUCCGCCUCGUCGGCCGCCUGCGCCACUCCCUUACCCUCCUCGACUGGUCCUUCCUCGACCGCGGCCGCCUCUUCCUCCGCUUCCCCGACCUCGCUGAGCUCGACCUCGUCCCUGGCUCCUUCGCGUCCCCUUCGUCCGUAGCUGCCAGGGGCCGCGUCCUGCUUUCCUGGGGUCCUUUCUCUGUCACGGUCGACACCAACGCCGACUCUCCUGUAGGUGAGUGCUGCUUCCUCGACCCGGACGUCAUCGAUCGCGGCCUCGAGACCGUCGCCCGCAGCUGCCCUGGCCUUCGGAAGCUCUCCCUCGUCGCCAGUGACUCGGAGGCCGGCCUCAUGGCGAUCGCUGGAGGGUGCGACACUAUGCAGGAGCUGGAGCUCCAUCGGUGUUCCGACCUAGCCCUCCGCUCCAUCUUCGCCUUCAAGAACCUCCAGAUACUGCGGCUGGUGGGAUCCGUUGACGGGCUCUACUGCGGGCCUCGCGUCACCGACAUUGGGCUCACCAUACUGGCCCAUGGGUGCAAGCGGCUGGUGAAGCUGGAGCUCAGUGGGUGUGAGGGUAGCUACGACGGGAUCUCUGCCAUAGGGCGGUGCUGCAUGAUGCUUGAGGAAUUGACGAUCUCCGACCACCGGAUGGACGAUGGUUGGCUGGCGGCAUUAUCCUUCUGCGGAAACCUGAAGACUCUGAGAAUGCAGAGCUGUAGGAGGAUAGAUGCUGAUCCAGGGCCAUCGGAGCACCUCGGGACAUGCCCGGCCGUCGAGACGCUGCAGAUGCACCGGUGCCAGCUGCGGGAUAAAAGAAGCUUACAAGCACUGUUUAUGGUGUGCGAGGCAGUUAGGGAUGUUGUGUUUGAACAUUGUUGGGGGUUGGACAACAACAUGUUCGCGCUUGUGAGCAUUUGCAGGAGGGUGAAGUUUCUCUCACUGGAAGGAUGCUCGCUUGUAACAACUGAAGGUUUCGAGUCGGUAGUUCUAUCCUGGAUGGAUUUGCAGAGACUCACCGUCAUCUCGUGCAACAAUAUAAAGGAUGGCGAAGUAUCUCCUGCUCUAUCAAGCCUGUUCUCAGUCCUCAAAGAGUUAAAGUGGCGACCAGAUAGUAAAUCUGCCCUUGCAGGGACCGGCAUGGCGAAGAAGGGCGCGAGAUUUUUCAGAAGGUUGUGAAGUCUCAGAUAGUGGUACGUUCAUAUACCUUCCCUCUCCUCCAAAGGAAUAGAAAAUUGAACCCAGUGGUCAAGAAGAGGUUGUAGAAGAUUUGUGAACCAAUUGAGCAGGAAACCUGUGUUUCCAAACUGAUACAGAACCAUCAUUUUGUGGUGUAGCAUGCAAAAGUAGUGUUGUACAUUUCAUGUACACGAGAAGAAUGAUGAACCAAAGUGCUUCAUCGUUAAUCAUGUAUGUGAAGCAUCAAAAACUAACUUAUAGUGUGUCCUAGCUAUCCAUGUACAAGGAGAGGAUGGUUUUACAGCAUCUCAACAUACUACACAUCAAAUUACAUA